CUUUGGGAUUCGCAAAAUAAAAACCAUCUCCACCCUCAACACAGAAGAGAAACACAAAGCUUCAAACUUCAAACUCCAAACACCAAACCCUCCUUAUGUUCAGCUCCUCACCUCUCUUCUCUCAUUUUCCCAGAAUCCCAUAUCGUCAUAUGGCCUAUGAGAAUUCUGGGGCAACUGUAACUGUAUAAGGAAUUGAAACCUUUGGGGCAUUAUGCAUGUCUGGCCCUGCGGCCAUUGACGGUAACUUGAGAGGAGCACGAGCUUUUUCAGACAGAACACAAUCUCUUGAUGUCAUUUCGGACAAAGACAGAGAGUUCUUACUAAAUAAUGGUGAGCCUGCUCAUAGUUCUGAACCUGCUGCAUUUAGAGUCACAGAGCUCUUACUUCCAAACAGCGAAACUUAUGCCGGACCACUGCUUGGUAACAUUCCCGAGGGUAAGGGAAAGUAUCUGUGGUCAGAUGGCUGUGUAUAUGAGGGUGAGUGGAGACGGGGGAUGAGACAUGGAAUCGGAAAGAUUUCAUGGCCUUCAGGUGCUGUUUAUGAGGGCGAAAUUUCAGGUGGAUAUAUGCAUGGUGCAGGGACAUACAUUGGAUCAGAUAACUUGAAUUAUAAGGGGCGAUGGAGGUUGAAUCUCAAACAUGGUUUGGGAUAUCAAGUUUAUCCUAAUGGUGAUAUCUUUGAAGGCUCUUGGAUCCAGGGAUUGCCGGAAGGGCCAGGUAAGUAUACAUGGCAACAUGGAAAUGUUUAUUUAGGAAACAUGAAAGGUGGGAAAAUGUCAGGGAAAGGAACUCUCACUUGGACAAAUGGGGACUCAUUUGAAGGCAGCUGGCUGAAUGGCAUGAUGCAUGGUUUUGGAGUAUACACAUGGAGUGAUGGAGGCUUCUAUGUUGGAACUUGGACUCGGGGCCUAAAGGAUGGGAAAGGAUCAUUUUAUCCCAGAGGCAGCAGACUUCCAGCAGUAGAAGAACUUUACCUCAAUGCUUUGAGGAAAAGAGGCCUCUUGCCAGAUUUGAGAAAGCAGAAGCUGCAAAACAAGUCACAUAUUCAUCAUGCUACUUCAGCAGAAUUGAAUAAUGUUAAGAUUGGGGAGAUCCAGGGAUCUCAUGCUUCUUCAGCUGAUAAGUUUUCCAAGAGAAAUCUUUUGAAUUUGGAACAAUCUCAUAAUAAAAAUGUUUCCUUAGAAAGGCGGUGGAGUCUUGAGGUAUCUAUAGAAAAAGUGAUCGCGCAUGAUUCAUCACUGACUGAAGGUGGAGAAAAUGAUGCUGAGGCAAACAUUCCAAUCUUGGAACGAGAAUAUAUGCAAGGUGUCUUAAUCAGCGAGCUGGUAAUAAAUAAUUCAUUCUCAUCAUCAACUAGAAGAGCAAAGCGGAGACAAAAGAAACUAGCAAAAGUGGUUAAGAGACCUGGUGAAGCAAUCAUUAAAGGUCACAGGAGUUAUGAUUUAAUGCUCAGUUUGCAGCUUGGUAUCAGGUAUACUGUUGGUAAGAUAACACCGAUACAAAGGAGAGAAGUUAGAGCAUCAGAUUUUGGUCCUCGGGCUAGUUUUUGGAUGAAUUUUCCAAGAGAAGGCUCCCAAUUGACACCACCUCAUCAGUCAGUAGAUUUUAGGUGGAAAGACUACUGUCCCAUGGUCUUCAGGAAUUUAAGAGAGAUGUUCAAAAUUGAUGCUGCUGACUACAUGAUGUCUAUUUGUGGAAAUGAUGCUCUCAGAGAACUUUCUUCUCCUGGAAAAAGUGGUAGCGUCUUUUUCCUAUCUCAAGAUGAUCGUUUCAUGAUCAAGACACUCAGGAAAUCUGAAGUUCAGGUUCUUCUACGGAUGCUUCCUAGUUAUCAUAAUCACGUAAAGACAUAUGAGAACACCCUCAUCACAAAAUUCUUUGGCCUCCACAGGAUUAAACCUUCAAGUGGUCAAAAGUUCCGAUUUGUAGUGAUGGGAAACAUGUUCUGCACAGAGUUAAGAAUACAUAGAAGAUUUGAUUUGAAAGGUUCAUCCCUGGGGCGUUCAGCAGAUAAGAUUGAAAUAGAUGAAAACACCACGCUAAAGGACUUGGAUUUGAACUACUGCUUUUAUUUGGAACCUUCUUGGCGGGAGUCUUUAUUGAAUCAGAUUGAGACUGACAGCAAAUUUCUCGAGGCACAACACAUAAUGGAUUAUAGUCUUCUCUUGGGUGUGCAUUAUCGAGCCCCUCAACAUCUGAGGUCUCUCAUGGCCUAUAACACAAGCACUAGAGCUGAUGGUUUGGGAAUGGUUGCAGAGGAAGAGGCUCUGGAGGACGAGAUCUACAACUACCCGCAAGGACUUGUCUUAAUCCCACGCGGAACAGAUGAUGGUAGUGUUGUUGCAGGCCCUCAUGUCAGAGGUAACCGAUUGAGAGCAUCAUCUGCUGGUUACGAGGAAGUGGAUCUUCUUUUACCUGGUACUGCAAGACUACAAGUUCAACUGGGUGUAAACAUGCCAUCAAGAGCAGAGCAGGUUAUGGAGAAUCAGGGAGACGAGCAAAUGUUUCAUGGAGUAUAUGAUGUUGUGCUAUAUCUUGGGAUCAUUGAUAUAUUGCAAGACUACAACAUGGGAAAGAAGAUUGAACAUGCAUACAAAUCUCUUCAGUUUGAUUCCUUAUCCAUCUCUGCGGUCGACCCUACAUUCUACUCCCGACGCUUCUUGGAAUUCAUUCAGAAGGUCUUCCCUCCCAAUGUUGCAUCAAGUUGAGGAAUAUUCAUUCAGAAGGUCUUCCCUCCUAAUGUUGCAUCAAGUUGAGGAAUCAGUAACCAACGCCGCAAUAAUUCACCAUCCCGAGUCAUCUGCAAUGUGGAUUUGGGAAGCAUCAUUUGUGUAUCAGGCUGAAUCAUCAGAGAAUGAUUUGGUUGAAUUGAACUAGUUCUCUGAUUCUGGUUUUGCUACUGUUUCUUAGUAUAUGUAACUGAAUCAUUUUUCCCAACUAUCACAUCUUGUUCAAUCAUUAAUUAUCCACCAACGAAAAAGAUGGAGAAAUCUUCACAUAAG